CCCUGGAUCUGCGCACUUUGGUCCGGUGGAGUGCACUUUCAUCUACAGUAUGGACUAUAGCUACUGUAGGUCCACUGAGUGUUGAAGCGCUUGAGGUUACCCCAGCAAUAGUUAAGAGGCAUACUGUAUUUAUACCGCAACAAUGGCACUCUAUGAAAAGCCCGUAGUGUCGGUCUCUCAGGGUAUUCGUAUGAUGUUUUACCUUAUGACACCGAAUGAAACGUCUUUCGCGCAGAAUGACGAGGUUCCGGAAUAUGUCCAGCAGGCCACACCGUUCUUUGUGGGAAUGAUACUGCUGGAGCUGUUUGUGAGCUGGGCUAAAAAUGGAUGGCUGGUCAUUAGAAUCAAUGAUGGAGUGACUUCUGUCUCAGCAGGCAUGCUGUCCAUGAUUCCAAAGCUGUUUGUGAGGAGUCUGGAGCUGUGCAGUUAUAUUUAUGUCUGGGACAGCUACAGACUCUUGGAGUUGCCCUGGGAUUCUCCUUGGACUUGGUGGCUGGCUUUUCUUGGAGUAGACUUUGGCUAUUACUGGCUUCAUCGUUUCUCGCACGAAGUGAAUAUAAUGUGGGCAGCUCACCAGGUGCAUCACAGCUCUGAAGAUUAUAAUUUAUCCACAGCCCUGAGACAGUCUCUAACACAGCAGUGCACCUCCUGGGUGUUCUAUCUCCCCAUGGCCUUGGCCAUUCCUCCAUCAGUAUUUGCUGUGCACAUUCAGUUCAACCUUCUCUACCAGUUCUGGAUUCACACAGAGCUCGUUAGUAAUCUUGGGCCAGUGGAGCUGAUUAUGAAUACCCCAAGCCACCACAGGGUUCAUCAUGGGCGAAAUCCUUAUUGCAUCGACAAGAACUAUGGAGGAACUUUAAUUAUAUGGGACCGACUUUUUGGUACAUUUGCUCCAGAGGGAGAGAAAGUUCUUUAUGGUCUGACUCAUCCAAUCAACUCUUUUGAACUCCUUUGGGUGCAGUUUCAUCACUAUCUCUAUAUCUGGGACUCAUUCUGGAAUACUCCAGGCGUCACAAACAAAUUGUCUGUGGUCUUCAAAGGGCCUGGCUGGACUCCAGGCAAACCGAGAUUGGGGCUGCAUGAAGACUUGCCUGAGAUUACUGGAAAAGAGAUUCCACACAACCCAGCGUGGCCAGCUGCCCUGCAAGCCUAUGUUUUCACACACUUCAUAGUGUUGAUGGGGAUUUACAAUGAAAUCGUCGCUACAAAAGCUGAUUUAUCACAGAUAACAUUUCUGAUGACUACUGGCUUCAUUCUUCUGACUUUGACAUCUCUUGGAUUUCUCAUUGACCAAAGACCGAAUGCAGCCAUGCUGGAAUCUGUCCGAUGCUGUGUGUUUCUGGCUUUCCAUAGGCUGGGCCAUGUGAAAACCAUGGUCCUGGCAUUAGCUGUGCCCACUGAGGUUUUCUUUCUGCUGAGUGUGGUGUAUUGGGGGCUGAAGACAUUGUGCAUACUGGCUGGCAAUGAGAAAAAACACCAGUGAAAAAGUACCUCAUAUUAGCAAAAUCCUUCCAGCAAAGGCUCAUUGUUUAAAAAAAAAAGAGCCUUUGCUUUUCAUAGUGAUUUUUAAAUGUUUUUUUUCUUUCUGGAGUGCACUGCACCAUCAUGUCAUCCAACAUAUUUCAUGUAUAAUCCUGUUGGAAUUACAGAUGCUAUACAGUGACACAGUAAAAAUUAUUAGGCACAUAUAAUAUGUCAAAUUAUUUAUAGAUUUAAUAAAAUUAAUUUGCUAAAAAUGAGCUAUUAUGGCUAGUACUAGUGACAGGCCACAUGUGACAGCAAAAAACAGUCAUCAAAUAUUCUUUCUGAAAACAUUUUAAAAGAAUAAUUUAACAGUUCAGAAGUGGUUAGCUUCUGCAGCUAAAUUUAUGUUUCAUCUUGUUUAAUAUUUUCAUAUAUUUCAUGAUGUUUAUUAUAUAGGAAAUGUUUCAAUAGUAAUCAUCAUGAAGCAAACAUAUACAGAAUCUGCAAUACAGACAUACUGUAUGGUACCUAUUGCUUUUACAGUAUUUACUGAAGCUAAGCUGGUGUGAGCCUGGUCAGU